ACGACUUAAUAGAUAUAAAAUAAUAAACACACAGAAUAUAAGUACAAAAAAAAUUUGACACAAAUUUAUUAAGACCCGAUAUAAACCCGUUUUAACCGACAGCCCCAAACACCCUCAAACCAUUGUGAUUGAGGCGUGCGGCCACGCACUUGGAUCUGGCGUGGACCUUCAAUACCCCAGAAUAAGUCAAAUUAAAGGUCAUGGUCAGUCAGGACUUCACCUCACACUAGAGGAUGAAUAAUCGUGUGGGUUUCUGUUGAAGAAGAAAACACUUUUUGCCAACAGUUCCAACUCACACACACAGUUCCUCUCUCUCCCUCUCUGCAUCUAUUUUCCUUUCUCUUCAAUCUCUCUCUUCUCGUUUUUCUUGCUCUCUCUUUUUUCCUUUUUUUGGCAAUGAACAUGACCAUGCAACAGUACAUCACCACUCUCUGGCACCAAGAAAAUCAUGGCAUGGCCAACCACAACCAGUGCAACUCCUAUAAUUCCCCUACUUCAUCAAUGGGAGUCCGCACAGACAUGGCUUCUCUCUCAGUGAAACCACGUCAUGUAGCUUCAAAUGAGGUCCUUCAGUGCUAUGAGAGGGCUGAUGAGGGUACUGAUGUGCAUUUUCCAUUUAUAGAAAACUCUAGUAACAGUGAGGGAUGUGAUAAUAAUAAUGGUAAGGGCUCUGAUUAUAGUGAUGUUUUGGAAGAAAACAAUGCUGUGGUGGAACAAAGCAAUACCAACAACAAUGACUUCAUCAACUUAAAUGAAGAGAACCCACAUGAGAAUUCACUGAUUGAGAAGGAAAUGGAUGGUCAUGGGCAGGCAAAGCUUUGUUCUAGAGGGCACUGGAGACCUGCAGAGGACUCUAAGCUUAGGGAACUUGUUGCCCUUUAUGGCCCUCAGAACUGGAAUCUUAUAGCAGAGAAAUUGGAAGGAAGAUCAGGUAAGAGUUGUAGACUAAGAUGGUUUAACCAGUUGGACCCAAGGAUCAACAGAAAGGCUUUCAGUGAAGAGGAAGAAGAAAGGCUAAUGGCAGCUCAUAGAGUUUAUGGUAACAAAUGGGCCAUGAUUGCAAGGCUAUUCCCAGGGAGGACUGAUAAUGCAGUGAAAAACCACUGGCAUGUCAUAAUGGCCAGGAAAUACAGAGAGCAGUCCAAUGCUUAUCGGAGGAGAAAGAUGAGUCAUACUGAUCAUGGAAGGCUUGAGGAAGGUUCAAGCUUUUUCUACAGAGAGCCAACGUUUGGAACAGCCACAAACAAUCCACAUCUUUGCAAUGGUAGCUUCAUCAACUCCUCUAACUUCCCAUUUGCAGAUAGCAAUUCUAACAAUAUCUAUGGUGUCCACAACUUUGUCAAUGGUGAACAAGUACUAACUUCUAGUGGUAGAGAGGUUUUGCUUGGUUCUUCAGGCAACAAAAUAUACCAUCCUCAUACUUCAGCUUGUGCAGAUCAGACACCCUUUGAUUUCUUCUCUGGCUUCAGGAGGGAUAACACAGCUUGGGAUGUGGCUAGAGAUGAUUCUAUCUUCACUGAUAUCUAUCCUUAUAAUCAUCAUCUUUCUUAUUUCUCAGACUCCAUGGCAUCAACAUCUCAAGUCUCAGUCACUGAACCAUCAUCAUCACCACCUUCAGGUGCAGAGAACACAGUAACCAGUUAUUUUGAGACCACAAUAUCUCCACCAUUUAUAGACUUCCUUGGAGUUGGAGCCACAUGA